AUGGGUCUCCUUGCUCUCGGAACUGCACUAGAAUGGCCCGAGGCCAAGAAGAAGGCGCAUAAGGUGCGCGAGUGGGGAAUUGAGCAACUCUUAGCGAACUGGCGGCGAGCAAAGGGCAAGGAACGUGAUGCACUUCUUUGGGGCGACGAAGUCGAAUACCUAGUGGUGGCUCUCGAUGAUGAGGCCAAGAAGGCUCGGUUAUCUUUGGCGCAAGCCGAUAUUCUGAAAUCGCUUGCUAGGGACGAGGCUCUGUGGAAAUCCGGUUCUGGCAGCAACGACAGCAAUGGCGAGCAUGACGACGAGGACCCACCGCAUUUCCACCCCGAGUUCGGGCGAUUUAUGCUGGAAGCUACACCGGGAAGCCCGUGGGGCAUUGGAUUUAAAGAUCUACUAAAAGUGGAAUCUAAUAUGAAAUGGCGACGAGAGGUUGCUAAGGCACACAUGGCACCUAAUGAAUCUCCCAUUACUCUCACGACAUUCCCUCGAUUGGGAACAAAGGAUGACUACAUUCAGCCUUAUUACCCUCCUUCCGGUCCGGCAUUGCGCUCGCAAUUUGUUCCAGAUGAAAUUGCCAACCCACACAUUCGAUUCCCGACCCUAGCCGCCAAUAUUCGCUCACGUCGAGGCCGCAAGGUUGAAUUGAAUGUGCCAGUCUUCAAAGAUAAGAAUACGCCUUCGCCUUUCAAAGACCCCACAGUCAAUUAUGAUCUGCAUCUCUGGCCGGAAGAUGACGAUGUUCGCAACGGCGCUGCCAAGGAUGACCAUGUCUAUAUGGAUGCCAUGGCUUUUGGAAUGGGUAGCUGUUGCUUGCAGAUUACCUUCCAGGCAAAGAAUAUGACCGAAGGAAGGAAAUUAUAUGAUCAGCUUAGUCCAUUGGGGCCGAUUCUUCUGGCUCUCACGGCUGCAACACCGAUUUAUAAGGGUUUCUUAGUCGACACGGAUGUUCGAUGGAAUCAAAUCGGUGGAGCAGUGGAUGAUAGAACGCCCGAAGAGCUUGGUGAAGCUCCUCUUGAAAAUGAUCGAUGGAGAAUUCCAAAGUCCCGCUAUGCUUCUAAUUCGACAUAUCUUUCACAAGAUCCUAGACUUCGAAAAGAAUAUUUCGAUCCUGAUUUGGUUGUUGAUCAUGACAUUAAGAAGCGAUUGAUGGAUGGCGGCAUGGAUGAUUUGCUAGCCACUCACUUUGCGCACCUUUUUAUUCGCGAUCCGUUAGUGAUCUUCUCUGAAGAUCUGGAGGAACUUGACCUGAACAAGGGCGAUCAUUUUGAGAAUCUCCAGUCUACUAAUUGGCAACAUAUGCGCUUCAAGCCUCCUCCGUCCGAUAAAGACGACAUUGGCUGGCGAGUGGAGUUCCGCUCCAUGGAGAUUCAAAUUACAGAUUUUGAGAACGCAGCUUUCAGCAUCUUCAUUGUCCUCAUCACCCGAGCGAUUUUGAGCUUCGACCUUAACUUUUACAUUCCCAUUCAACGCACCACCGAGAACAUGGAGACUGCUCAUGCUCGCAAUGCUGUACUUGAUGAAAAGUUCUACUUCCGCAAAGACCCUUUCUCUCAGCGGGUGCCAAAGGGCUCUGCACAACAGUCGCCUGAUGGUAGCACAUUCUCCUCCGCAAAUUCUUCAGCGGUCAACUCACCACCUUCAUCUCCCUCUCUCAGCCCCGUUGAAAGUGAAUACGAGCUGAUGACAAUCUCCGACAUUAUUAACGGCUGCUCUGAUGGGACAUUCCCCGGUCUCAUUCCCUUGGUAGAAUCAUAUUUGAACAGCGUCAAUGUGGAUGUCGAAACACGAUGCUUCCUUGCUACCUACCUAGAUCUCAUCCGCAAACGAGCUGAUGGCACUCUCUGGACUGGAGCUCGCUGGAUUCGCGAGUUCGUAGCCAAGCACCCAAGCUACAAUCAUGACAGUGUUGUGUCUGAAGAGAUUUGCUACGAUCUUGUCAAGGCAGUUGAGGAGGUGACUGAAAAGGAAGGUCGAAAUGGUGCUCUUGGAUGGGAGCUUCUGCGAGGGAAAAAGAAUUAA